AGCUUUCCUACGAAUCCAAACAACCGUUUCCCGAAUCGUUUGAUCUUGCGCAGAAAUUCGCACUCCCCCAGAAAAAAAAAACAUCCCAACGGAUGCCAACAUCCGAACCAUUGAAGCUUUUUAUACCAACCCUACCAACCGAGCGCAUCCGGCUCGAUCGAUUGAUCAGUCGGUCGGUGGGUCAGUGAUCAGCUAGCGUGAGUUUCGGGCACAUUCCCGCCACGAAGAUCAGAGAAAUUCUUUCACUCGACCAUAUCCCCCCAUCCCGAUACGCAAUUGUUGUGUCGCGUGUGCAGUGAAUUAAGUGUCCUAAUGAAGAGAGAACGUCGCACGUGAACCUUACCGUCGAAUCCAAUCAAACGAACCGCGUAACCAACCCAGCAAAUCAACGUGAGCAGCAGCCAACGUUCCAGUGAUGGAUUCGUCCACCCCAAAGACAAUCGCCAAAGGAUUAACCCACACCAACUGCGUCACUAUAGCCAUAGCAUCCCCAACGACCCCAGUGCGCGAGAAAUGGACCAGCAACAUCGAGUUUACGCUGUCCUGCAUCGCGUACUCGGUCGGGUUCGGCAACAUCUGGAAGUUCCCGUACACCGCGCUGGACAAUGGUGGCGGUGCCUUUCUCAUACCGUACCUGGUAGUGCUGUUCGUGAUCGGCCGUCCACUGUACUAUCUCGAGAUGGCAAUGGGCCAGUUCUGUAGCCGAGGAUGUGUUAAAAUCUACGAUAUGGCCCCAGCAAUGCGCGGUGUCGGUGUAGGACAAUCGGUCGCAAUGGUGGUGGCGAUGUCGUACUACACACCGGUACUGGCCAUCACCUUGCGCUAUCUGCUACUAUCGUUCAGUAGUGAGCUACCGUGGAGCAAGUGUCAUCACUCGUGGAGUCGGUGUAUUGAUUCCGACUUUCGGGCGUAUGCGAAUAAUUCGGACACUACCACCGAGGAUCGAAGGAAUGUGUCCGCGGAGCUUUACUUCACCAACACAAUAAUGCAUCGAGCUCCUUUAUCGGAAGGACUCGGAUGGCCCGAUGGAGACCUUGUGCUCUGUCUACUCGUCUCUUGGGCGAUUCUGGUUGUGAUCCUCAUCAAGGGUGUUCGCAGCACGGGUAAAGCGGCCUACUUCCUGGCCAUCUUCCCGUACGUCAUCAUUUUUAUUCUGCUCGUCCAUUCGCUAAGCCUCGAGGGUUCGCUCGACGGCAUCCAGUUCUUCCUCACGCCCAAAUGGGAAAGUCUCUUCUCAGCCAAAGUUUGGAUGGAAGCAGUUACCCAAUGCUUUUUCUCACUAUCGAUCUGCUUCGGUGGGAUCAUCGCGUACUCUUCCUUCAAUAACUUCUCCAACAAUGUCUACCGUGAUGCGAUGAUCAUCUCGUGGCUGGACACAUUCACCUCGAUAAUUGUGGGCUGCAUCGUGUUCGGUGUGCUGGGAAAUCUUGCCCACGUUACGCACAGAACCAGCAUCCAGGACAUUGUGAAGGAAGGUCCAGGAUUAACGUUCAUGGCGUACCCUGACGCGAUCGCGAAAUUCGAGUACUGCCCACAGCUCUUUUCGGUACUGUUUUUCUUGAUGUUCUUCAUCGUGGGGAUUGGCAGUAAUUUGGGUGCAAUCACCAGCGUCAUCACGGCGAUCAGAGACCGUUGUCCAACGGUUGAAAAUUGGAAGAUUGUGAUGGGUGUUAGUGUGACGAUGUUUUGCGUUAGUGUCGUGUACCUAGCCCCAGGCGGGUUGGAUCUUCUGGACGUGCUGGACACGUACGGUGCAAAGUACGUCACACUGACGCUGGCUCUGUUUGAAAUCCUGACCUUCGCCUGGAUCUACGGUGUGGAUCGCGUCUGUCGGGAUAUAAAGUUUAUGCUGCAGCUAGAAACGGGCCUGUUCUGGCGUAUCUGCUGGGGAUUCCUUGCUCCGCUGCUGGUCGGAAUCAUUCUGGUGGUGAGCUUUGUCGACUAUGUUCCACUGAAUGUGCCCGUGGAAUACAAUGUUGCCGGAUGGAUUCUGUACACGUUCGCGAUCCUUCAGCUUCCUUUAUGGGCCGGUUACGCGAUCCUUGCGCAGGACGAGAAAGGAUGGCGCACAAAGUGGAAGACAGCUUUCAAACCCACCAACACCUGGGGCCCGGAAAACGAAAUCACCCGCGAACAGUACAACAAGAUGGAAAGCAAACGGUGUCACUUUAGUGACUUCCCUGAGCGACAUUGUACGCACAGGCUGUGUAGCAAAAUAUUUGACUAGAAUAUUUAUACUGCUUGAUAAACAGUUGUCUUCCGAGCAUUCACUUUCAUUGGCACGCAAAUUGCCGAGUUGUUGCCCAGAUAAAGUGUUGCCGUGUGUGGUUUACCCUGUCUCAGGGUGGGCAAUAUAUCCGUGUGAUAAUAAACCAACGAACUUUAAGACUUUGGUUCUGCUAGCAAACGAUAGCAAAUUGCGAUGCAGUUGUCGUUGAGUGGAUGCCCUAGGUAAAUCGACUCAAUCGAUUACUCCGACCCAGCAGAAGAGCAAACAGUUCUACGAAAGCGAAUGAAAGUCUUUACAACUAUACACAACCGUUUGGAGUGUUCGCACACCAGUGGGACGUCUAGUCGCUUGCAAGUGGUGCAUCUAGCAGCAAUAAAAGUACCCCGCAUACCUUUCCCAGCCCCGGAAACAACCAACCGACCCAAGCUCGCCCAACUGCUUUGAUUGUUUGAUCUCCACGACCAACACUCGCUGCCCAGUGCACAAAAGACAGUCAGCCACAGCGAACGACUGUUACUACCGUGUGGGGCGUGUUGCCAAAAAGGUUUGUGGUGAGUGUUGCUUGAAACCCUUUGAAAGGCAACUGCAAUCGAACAAAGCAAGCAGACGGGAGGACACUGCACGAAAAUACAUCGAAUGGCGUGAUAAAACCAUGUGUUAGUGGUAACUCUAUCCAGAUGGAAAUCGGUGGCAAAUUGUGGGGAGAAUUUCUUCCCUGGGAAAAGUGAUCAAAUGUGGUUGGUGUUGGAAAAAGGAAAAUAAGGAUGACAAAAUUUUGCGAUUCGGUGAAAGUGUUGUUUGGGGAACAAUUUGGGUAGGAAAAUGUGAUUUGACGAAGUCAUGCCAUAAUUAAUUGAAUUAAACAUUUUUAAUAUUAAACAUUAGAUUUUGCUUUAACUAUGAUUCAAAGCUUAGUUCUUCUAGGAAAGUACAUAAUUCAAACAGAUUAAAGUGAAUUGAUAAGAAUAAUUUCGAAAGAAAAAAUUUCUUUAAAAAUUUAAUUACAUACUGAAUAAUUAAAUUGCCGAUAAAUGAUAAUUGUGAAGUGUUAAAUUUAAUUUUAAGCUACAAAAAUUGAUUUCUAUAAUAUUAUAUUUAUAAUUUGAUUCAGAAUACAGUUGACCAUCGAAACAUCGAGUAGAAUUAUAAAACAAUAAACUAAACAAAAUUACAUAUACUAGAAAAUUUAAUUGUAACAGCAAGUAAAACAACUGUAAAGUAUAAAAAUAAGCAACUAAACAUAUUUAAAAUAAAUAGAAAUAACUAUUGGAGUAAAGGGGAAAAUAACAAAAAGCUUAUUUUUAUGAAAAACUCUGAUCAAUUGUGAGUAAAAUAACGUUCGACAUAAAAACAUGUAGUUGAAAAUAUGUGUAAAUUUCCAAAAUGAAUUUUAAGGAUGAAAAUAUCGUUGAUUUUUC